AUGAAGGAUGUACAGAUCGAGAGACACACCAAAACGACAAACUCGGAGUUGACGGUGAACAGCAAUGUUCAGCCCAUUGACGCGGCAGAUCCAGCUGUCCGGACGCGCGAAGAGGACGAUCUGAUUUUGACAAAGGACAAUGUUCUAGACGCGGCGGACCCAGGACUGUGGACAUACCGAGUCUGCACCAUCGGACUGGGCCUGAUGUGGCUUACCGGAAUUGGAGUGAUCGUAUAUGGAGCAAUCGUGCAAGCCAUUACAGACUCUUCCAUCGGCGUGUCUAUGCAUCAUCACAAAGCGCUGGGUCCUUUUCUGCGCUUAGCUGUGGCCUUUUGGGUCACUUCAUUGUCCGAUAUCGCUGGCCUGGUCCAUUCCACCAGCCUGCGCUUCGCCCUUCUAGCGGCGAGGAAGUUGACCUUCAACUCCAACCUGCGACUGUUCACGAGCUGUCCGAGUUCCCGCGUACAUUGGUGGCCGGUCAAUCUCCUCUGGGCCUGGUCUUUAAUCUCAUCCUACGCUUGCGGGUCGAUGGUAAUCCUCGAGACGAUCUACACGUAUGGGAGCGACGAUUCUAACAAUGCAGAUGCCACUUACGACGUCGUCUCUGGUUAUGCCCUCAUCUUCCUUGGGUUUGGAUUGCUUGGUCAAGCUUCAGUUGCUACCUGGGCUUUGAUAGUCAAUAAAUUUCCCACCUGGUCCACCAAUCCGAUAUACGUCGCGGCUGUCUGCCAAAGCCAGGGUUGGAUGUCACGGUUGUCGCACCGGAGCAUGUUAAGCGUCCAUGACGCUCAAGACACUUCAUUGCGUGAGCCGCCAACUCUUCCCAAAUUGCGACAAGGUUCCUUACUCAAGGCUCAUUUUCGAGUUCGUCGAGUCCUCAUCCUUGUGUGGAUCGUCACAUUUCUGGCCUUUGUGUGGUUUGCCGCCCUCUGUCUCGCAUAUCAGUUGCGACGCGACACGGGGCCCGCUUGGGGUUCCUUCUCCCGCUCGCUCUCUAAUGAUUGGAGCCUGAUUCCAAACUAUGUCGACACCACCGCGUUUAUUGGGAUUCCGACCUCGCUUGGCCAGAGCUACUUUUCAUUCGGCCCGUGGUUCGUCUGCAAGUACCUGUUGACGUGCGCCUUUGUAUCGGCCAUCACCCUCUCCCUGCAUAUCGUUGAGCUCCUCGUUCAGGCUUCACGCGAUGAGAGCCUAUGGCGGCAAACCGCGUCGGCCAGCGGCCUUCGCCCCAAGGAGCACGGUGCCAUCUACGCCGCCGUCACGAGUUGGCAGACGGUAGCACUGUUUGUCUUGAAAUGCCUCAUCCAUUGGAUUUUCGGUAUGGCGUUUGGGCUGAUGUGGGAAGGCAUUGAAAUCCGCAUUCCGCAGGUGCUGUACACGGCAAUUACAUUACUCUUACUCGCCGUUAUGGCAACUCGUCUUGCUCUUUACCGGCCAAAUGGACCACAACCUGCCGCUUUCGGACAUCUGCCCACACUCAUUCAUCUGAUCGACGUGUGGCACUGCAAGAUGCCCGGUGUCGGGGAUGCUGAUCAGGUUGCUUGGGUGCAGGAGACUGCAGCUUCUGAGCAAGCUGACCAAGUUACGUUAUACUGGGGUGAUAAAGGCGAGGACAUUGAUGGUUUCCGCCGAGCAGGGACUGCGUUUACUCCAUUGAAUCCUAUCGUGAUGACAGCUCUGUAUUUAUAG